CGAUACGGAAAAGUUGCGGGGGCUGCAUAAAUCACGUGACUGGUCGUACCGGUUCGACUUCCUGUUAACCCCACAAAUGUUUAUUUUGGAUGAGCUGUUAGUAAAGCUGUUAGUAAAGCUGUUAGUAAAUCAGAAGUCUCGAACUCUUAUUCCCCUGGAGCCAAAUAGGUUAAGCUAAGGCAGCCUGCUAACUGUUAGCCGCCGGGGUUAGCUGUGGUGUCGACCUGCUGACAGCUGCGGGGCGGACGUGUCUCCAGCUUUUACCUUUGUCCAUAGUAUUAAACCGCUCCGUUAACAGUUCCUGUAAAUAUUUAGUUCAUUAACUAACGUCAUGGCCACGUUGCUGUCCGCACAAUGCGUUUUCUGUCUGAGGAAACCUGGGAGUCAGAUUAAUUUAAGAAGAGCCGCAGCGGGGAUGACAGCACGGUGCUACAGCAGCAGGACGGCUUCCUCCGCGGACUACCUGCACCGAAGCGUCGUUCCAUCCAUGCAUUACCAGAAGAGUUUGCCCAGACUCCCCAUCCCCAAGCUGGAGGACACUAUCAGGAGGUAUCUGGCUGCCCAGAAGCCUCUGCUGGGUGAUGAGCAGUUUGCAACAACGGAGAAAAUCGCUCAGGAUUUCCAGAACGGUGUGGGAAAAGAGCUGCAUGAGGAACUGGUGGCUCAGGACAAGACCAACAAGCACACCAGCUACAUCUCAGGCCCCUGGUUCGACAUGUAUCUGUCAGCGCGCGACUCUGUGGUGCUCAACUUCAACCCCUUCAUGUCCUUCAACCCUGAUCCCAAGCAGGAGUACAACGAGCAGCUGGUGCGGUCGGCUAACAUGGUGUGCUCGGCCGUGCGCUUCAUGAAGACUCUGCGAGCAAAUUUACUGGAGCCGGAGGUUUUCCACCUGAACCCGGCCAAGAGCGACACGGACAGUUUCAAGAACUUGAUCCGCUGGGUUCCAUCUGCCCUGUCCUGGUACGGAGCCUACAUGGUCAACGCCUACCCCCUUGACAUGUCUCAGUACUUCCGCCUCUUCAACUCAACCCGCAUCCCAAAGCGUGGUCGGGAUGAGCUGCUCACUGAUGACAGAGGCAGGCAUCUGCUAGUGAUGAGGAAGGGCAACAUGUACGUCUUCGACGUGGUAGACGGGGACGGGAACCUGGUGAAACCGGCAGAGAUCCACUCCCACUUAAAGUACAUUUUGACCGACUCGACACCGGCACCCCCCUUCCCUCUGGGCGUCCUGACCAGUGAGAACAGGGAUGUUUGGGCCGGGCUAAGGGAGAAGCUGGUCGCCGCCGGAAACGCAGAGGCGCUGGGGUUGGUUGACAGCGCCCUCUUCUGUCUGUGCCUGGACGACGAGAGCAUGCGGGACCACAUUCACAUCUCCCACAACAUGCUGCACGGCGACGGCUGCAACCGCUGGUAUGACAAGUCCUUCAGCAUCAUCAUAGCCAAGGACGGUCAGGCGGCCAUCAACUUCGAGCACGCUUGGGGCGACGGGGUAGCUGUGCUCCGCUUCCAGAACGAGGUGUUCAAAGACACCACGGAGAAGCCGCUGGUGCACCCCGGCUCCGCCCCGGCGGCCGCGGACUCGGCCUCCGCCGUCCGCAGGCUGCACUUCCACCUGGACGGAGAGCUGGAGAGCGGCAUCAAGAAAGCCAAAGAGAACUUUGACUCGGCUGUGGCGAAGCUCACCAUCGACGCCAUGGAGUUCAAGAGAGGCGGGAAGGAGCAGCUGAAGAAGAGCAAGCUGAGCCCGGACGCUAUAGCCCAGCUGUCUUUUCAGAUGGCCUUCCUGAGGCAGUACGGCCAGACGGUGGCCACGUACGAGUCCUGCAGCACCGCCGCCUUUAAGCACGGCCGCACAGAGACCAUCCGACCAGCCAGCGCGCACACCAAACGCUGCUCACACGCCUUCGUUCACGAGCCCAGUAAGCACAGCGUGGAGGAGCUGAAGGCCAUGCUCAACGAGUGCUCCAAGUAUCACGGCCAGCUCACUAAGGAGGCAGCUAUGGGUCAAGGAUUUGACCGCCACCUGUUUGCCAUGCGUUACCUCGCCAACUCCAAGGGCCAAGCGUUGCACGGCCUGUACACAGACCCGGCCUACGCUGCUAUAAACCACAACAUCCUCUCCACCAGCACUCUCACCAGCCCCGCCGUCAGCCUCGGGGGCUUCGCCCCGGUGGUGCCGGACGGCUUCGGCGUCGGUUACGGCGUCCACGACAACUGGAUCGGCUGCAACGUCUCCAGCUACCCCGCUCGCAACGUCCAAGAGUUCCUGCAGUGUGUCCACAAGUCUUUGGAGGACAUCUUCAGUGUUGUGGAAGGGAAACCUCUCAGCUAAGAGAUUAAAGUGUGCCUGGUCACAAAUCAUGAAGACAUGUAGCUAAUUCCAUCAGUAAACCCUCUAGGAGAAAUUAACUUGUGCUAUCAGGUGUUUUUUGAGAAGCAAAUGAAGAAUCAAAGGUAAUGUUUACUUGUGAAAGUUCUGUACAUGUUGGGACUGUUGUUGACUUGGAUCUGGCAUGAACUACACCACACAGGCAGCUGCAGAGACCCUCUAUGGAAGAUGUGCCUUAGUAAUGUCAGAGGACUAAUCUUCACUGUAAUUCAUCUUAUUUAUCUGUCUUUACUUGUUUCUGAUUGCAUUCUUAUUGUGGUUGAUUCUUUUGGAAUAAAACGGAAUUAUCCACAAUUUUA